AUAUAUUCAUUAAUACAAGAAGAACAAAAUAAUUAAAAUCCUGAUUUACAGUAUUUUGUUAGAGAGAGAAAGUAGAAGAGCAAUGGCAACUCUCAAAGUACCAGAAUGUAUUCCUUCCCCAGAAGAGGAUUCUCACCACCUCAAAAAAGCUUUUCAGGGAUUCGGCACGAACGAGGCAUCGAUAAUCGAGAUCCUGGCCCACAGAAACGGGGCACAACGAAAGUUGAUUAGAGAAGCAUAUGCUGCAGUUCAUGGAGAAGAUCUUCUCAAGGACUUGGAGAAAGAACUCUCCGGUGAUUUUCUGCGAGCGGUAUCUCUGUGGACGCUUGAUCCAGCGGAGAGAGACGCGCAAUUGGCUAACGAGGCGACAAAAAUAUUGAGUGCGAACAAUUUGGUAAUAAUGGAAAUUGGUUGCACUAGAUCAUCUUAUGAACUGUUUAAAGCCCGAGAAGCUUAUCAUGCUCGUUUUAAGAAAUCACUCGAAGAAGACGUUGCUUUUCACACUACCGGAGACUUCCGGAAGUUGUUGGUUCCUCUUGUGAGUGCCUUUCGAUACGAAGGAGACGAGGUGAAUAUGAUGUUGGCAAAAGCGGAGGCUAAGAUACUACAUGACAAGAUAUCCGAAAAGGCUUAUUUUGAUGACGAGAUUAUUCGAAUUUUAACUACGAGGAGCAAAGCGCAGCUCAAUGCGACGCUCAACCAAUACAACGAUCACUUUGGAAGGCUAUCUUCAAGGUAUAUAUAA